AGGGCCCGACACAUCGCAGGACACACUUCGGGUCUUGGUGCCUACAUUACCCCUAAGACUAGAAGAGGCCCCAUAACUAGUCUUUGUUGAGGCAGGACUUGCGUGGCGGCUGUUGUGGAGUUCAUGGUGUUGAAGCUGCUCAAGCGUGGCAGCAUGGAGGGGGGGGAGCUCACACGCGGGGAAGUACUCUCCCUGCUGGCAAGACUGGCCUUUGCAACUGCUGCUUCCUACUUUACUGUGAAGCUUCUGGUGUCAGCUAUGGAUCCAACCUCCAAACAGAAGAAGGAUGCCAAGAGGAAGGCCCAAGAGGUUAUGCAGCGACUGGGCAUCAAAGAAAAGGUUUCAUUGAGUGAGUAUGAAAUGAUGAUUGCCAGCCAGCUGGUAGAGCCUUCACAGUUGAGCACAUCUUGGAAGGAUGUGGCGGGACUUUCAACUGUCAUCCGGGAGCUCAGGGAGACUCUCAUCCUGCCUAUCCAGCAGCGCACUCGCCUCCAGGGAUCCCGCCUCAUCCAGCCUCCCAAAGGUGUUUUACUGCAUGGCCCUCCUGGCUGCGGCAAAACAUUGCUGGCCCGUGCAGUGGCCCGGGAAGCUGGAGCACGCUUCAUCAACUUGGAUGUGGCUGCACUCACAGACAAGUGGUAUGGUGAAUCACAGAAGCUCUCUGCUGCGGUAUUCUCUCUAGCCUCCAAGAUCCAGCCAUGCAUUAUCUUCAUUGAUGAAAUUGAUUCAUUCCUGCGAGUGCGAGCCACAGGUGAUCACGAAGCUACUGCUAUGAUGAAAGCUCAGUUCCUGCAGCAGUGGGAUGGCCUUGCUACAGACAACAGCCGCUUUGUAGUGGUGAUGGGGGCCACCAAUAGGCCUCAGGACGUGGACAGAGCCAUCCUGCGCCGCAUGCCCGCAGCCUUCCACAUUCCUUUGCCAGGUCUGGAGCAGCGUAAGGAAAUACUGCAGCUUGUUUUACGUGAUGAACAACUGUCAGGUGAUGCAAAUAUUGCAGUCCUUGCCAGGGAAACAGAGACUUUUUCUGGAUCAGAUCUCAUGGAGUUGUGUCGUACUGCAGCUGUCUACAGGUUACGACAUCUACUGGAUGACCCAAGCACUGAGAGCUCACAAGCAUGCAGUACAGAGUCAGAGCAAGCAGAGCCCUUGCGACCAAUUACAAUGACCGACUUUAAACAGGCACUGGGGAAGAUGCAAGGCUCAAGCGUAUACAACAGACAGGCUGAAACUCUACUUAAGAUGGACUUGGACUGAGUGAAGUUAUGUAAAAACAUGAGAGAUGAAGAAGAAAAUGAGAGCAUGAUAGAGUGACUAAAGUGGUCCUUCAGAGUGGUUUAGUCUUGUCAGUGUCAGCUGGGAUAGAGCAUUAGUGGUACAUCUAGAUUGCCUGCAGUUGCCAUGUUUUUUUGGCUGAUGUUUGUUGCUUGUACUCUGGUGCAGUGUUGUUAUAUUCAGGUUUUAUGAGAAGCUAAUACAGAAAUAAGAUGAAUUCAUUGCCAAGAAUACUUCUGAAGAUACAGUUUAAAGUUUCUGGAAUAAGUGCACCAAAAGUUUUGUUAUCCAGUAUAGUAUAUUUUAUGUA